CUCCAGAUGCGCACGACCGAUGCUUGAGCCGCCCAAGCUACCGCGGCUGCAAGUGAUAGAGAACGUCAGGGCGCCCAUCCUCCCUGACGUGGCCCCUGUUACAAGAAGGGCAGGAACGAGCCCUGGACAAUGCGUGGGCGGCCUGCCAGUUCAUGAGCAGCCGCAUCUACUGGACGUACCUGUGCAAGAAGGGCCUGCUGCCCGAGCCCAGCACAUUCAUCCACCAGACCGACCACAUCGCCCUCGGCAUCGGCGAGGACCAGGUUCAGUUCAUCAAGGACCGCUACGCGGCCAUGAAGAACCACCCGUCUGGGCUGUUCAGCUCCAUGGAGCUCGCCACGCCAGAUACGCCAGGCGACUUGCAGAAGCAGAAGGAGUGGGCGCCCCUGAUCACGGAGGGCCGCGAGCCGAGCGAGAAGACCUGCAUGACCAGGAUGAGAUACGGCACCGACGUGGACUUCGGCGCCCUCACGAGGGCACAGGUGCAGUCUUUUAUGAAGCUGGGUGGCGACCUGCGCCUCUACACCUCGGUCACCGACGUCAAGAAAGACAAGGACGGCAAGUGGAUCGUCACCACGAAGAACGCGAGCACGGGCCGCGGCAUCAUAGUAUACAAGACGCCAUUUCUCUACGUGGGCGCGGGAGGCUGGGCGCUGCUGCUGAUGCAGAAGGCGGGCCUCAAGGAGGUCAACGGCUACAUGGCGCUGCCGGUCACUGGCGACUGGGCCGUCUGCCAGAACCCCGAGGUCGUCAAGAAGCACAAGGUCAAGGUCUACGCGCCGGGCGCCCCGGGCGCGCCGCCCAUGUCGAUGCCGCACCUGGACUACCGGACCAUCGGCGGGAAGGAGAUGCUACUCUUUGGACCUUUCGGCUCGAUCACCCUCAAGUUCCUGCGCUACGGCAGCGUCUUCGACGCGUUCAAGGCUCUGAAGACCCAUAACCUCGGCUCCACGAUCGGCGCGCUGUCCAGGAACAUGAGCCUGGCUGUGAUGCUGAUGAAGGAUGUCUUCAAGUCUGGCAAGGGCAAGCUGAAUGACAUCAGGCACUACUUCCCCGAGGCCGACCCCGAGGACUGGACCCUCAUCCCCGCCGGCGUGCGGGCCCAGAUCAUCAAGAAGGACGGCAACGGCAAGGGAAUGCUGCAGUUCGGCACCGAGGUGAUCACGAACGAGGAGGGCACCAUCUGCGGACUUCUCGGUGCCUCGCCGGGCGCCUCCACCUGCGUGACCAUCGGCCUGGACACCCUGGAGAAAUGCUUCAAGAACAAGCCCCAGUGGGCCAAGUGGACGCCCGAGCUGCAG